AACAAUAGAUUGAAUCGAUUGAGCUGCCAUUACCGGAUGAUUUUGAGUUCAGUUACAAACAAAUCCAGAGGCAUGCACUCCAAAUGUUUAGAAAAAUGGCCAUUCUUGAUGAUAAGCAGGAGUUUCAGACAUUAGCAGAGAACAAAAUGGACGAAGUCAGGAAUACAGUCUUAGAAAAAAAUAAAGCAUAUCUGCAAGACAUUUGCUUAAAAGAAUUACAGAGCAUGUAUGAUGAAUCGAUCAAACCAAAAAUUACCCAAGGAACGUAUUUUGCGUCUGGGGGAUACAAAAAGUACAGAGAUGAUUUUGCAAAGCUGCGGGAAGACGUAAAACAGAAAUUGCCUACGUCUGAUUCCAUUAUAAUUGAUAUGUGUGUGCUUGAAUUUGAAGGAAGGUAUCGAAAACAAGAUGAAGAAAUAUUGGAGAAAGCAGAAAUGACAGAAUCACAAAUAAAAAAGGGAAUUCAAGAACAACAAGCCAAACUAGAGCAGGAAAUGUCUGAACUUGAGCGUAAAACAGAAUUAAAAAGAAAAGAAAAGGAGGAAGAAUUGAGAAUUCACAAGGAAGCAUUGGAAGCGCAGAGAGAACUAGAAAAGCAAGAAUUACAAGAAAGGUAUGAACGAAUGCUGAAUGAAUGGCGAAAAGAAAAGGAAGAUUUAGAACGCAAAAUAAAAGAGAAUGCUGAUUCGAUUUCCAAGCAGCAAACAGAAACAAAACAAAAACGAGUUCGGAAGCCUGCCUUGCGUGAAACAGUUAUAAAAACUUUUCUUAACCUUAUACCUGUGGUCGGUCCAAUAGCAACUGGAAUUUACGAGCGUCUCUCUUCUGACUGAUAUUGCAUUCAUAUGCUAAGCCCAAUUAUUGCCUAUUAGCCAAACCAUCUUUGUGAAAUUUCUAUCGAUUGAAGUGAUUAUUCAGCAAAAAGAUUUAUAUACAUAUAUUGAAUUACAUUGUAAUGAACAUAUUCUAUUAUCGUUUGAUAUUUACGUUACUAUAACAUUUAUCCAGUUUAAUUACUGUGUGUGUAUUUUGUGUUUUCAAAUGAUAUAUAUAAAAUAUGUAUGUUGAGAGAAUAAGAUCCAAACGUGGUCAAUCACAUCAAAGCAACAGAUAUGACAUUGGUCACUUUUCGAUUAUCGUAUUCGAGAUUUGAUCAAGGAACUAAACAAUCCAUUGUAUAUUACUGAUUUAGAACCAUAUAAGUAAUAUAUGUUUUUAUUGUUUUUUCAGCAUAAAAAUGUACUUAUCUCUCCUGAUUCUAGUAGAUGUUCUAGUUAUACAUUUACAUUUAUAUUCAAACAAUAUGAACCUAUUGAAGUUUCUGAAUUAAUUUAUUUCCAGUCUGUUUUGUCUUCACAAAUAUGUAAAGGGAUGUUAAAAUGAUUCAAAAACAUGCAU